AUGAAGUGCUCUAGUCUCGUCCUCGGCGUUCUUGCAACACUUGCGGCUGCACAAACACCAUCCCCGUACACCGAUGUCAAAUCCGGCAUCACAUUCAACACCCUCCAGCACAGUAGCGGCAUAUUCUUCGGUCUUGCACUUACAGCUAACGCCACCGGGCACACUGACUUCAUCGCAACGAUCGGGGGCAAAGUGGGCAGCUUCAGGAAGACAGCCCAAUACGCCUCCCCAGCCGUCGCAACGGGAGCCUUCACACAGACAACGAUAGCAAACGGCACAUACGUCAACAGCACGCACUGGACCUACACAUUCCUCUGCUCCAAGUGCAUUCAGACCGACAGCACGACGUUCAAGCCUACUGAUACAGCACCAAGUCUCGGGUUCGCUUUCAAUCCGACAGCGCCGGCCCAAAAGACGAAUCCCGCUUCUAGUGUAUCGAAGCACACGACGCAGGGGCAAGCCGUAUUUGAUCUUAGCAAAGCUAAGAGCGCGAACUUCGAGGUCUGGAAGGGCUACGCUGUGCCGAAAGUCGCUACGGGCCUUGCGGGCUAG